AUGCACUUCCUCAUCCUCGGCGCAACGGGCCGCAACGGCUCCCUCAUCCUCACCGAAGCCCUCUCUCGCGGCCACACCGUCACCGCCCUCGUCCGCACGCCAUCCUCCUCCUCUCUCCCCCCACAACCACAACCCAAUCUCACCCUCGUCCCCGGCAACCCCCUCUCCCUCCCGGAUAUUCGCACCGCCCUGCAAAACCCCAGGGCCCCCGAUGCGGUCAUCGUCGCACUCAACCCCCGGCGCGUAUCCGACUCCCCCUUCGCCGCGCCGCACCCAGACACCCCCGACUCGCUGAUGCACGACGCCGUUCGCAAUGCCUUGGAAGGUAUGAAGGCCGCCGGCGUACCCAAGAUCGUCAUCAACAGCAUGCAGGGCGUCGGCGCCAGCAGCAGCAGCCUCAUCAUGCCCUUCCGCGUGCUGUUCGAGCACACCAACAUGAAGUACACCCUCGACGACCACCGAGCCGUCGACGCGCUGGUCACCGGGAAGCAAGGCGAAGGCGUGGACUGGGUGUUGGUCCGCCCGCCUAUGCUUACCGAAGGGGAUGCCUUGCCCGUCAAAGACUACGGUGAUGACGGCAAGGGUAUAUGCUGGAUGCCCAAGAUCACCAGGAAGAGCGUCGCAGUGUUCAUGGUCGACGCCGCGGAAAAGCCUGAUUGGAACCGCCGGGCGCCGGUUAUUGCGAACUAG